CAAAAAUGUUUUGGAAAAACAGUACCCCUCUUCCCCAAAUUUUAACGUUGACUGUUUUGACAAAACAUGACACUAGCAAUCAAAAAAACAAAUUCAGCACUGAAUUCGGGGAAAGAAGAGCCUUUAUUCCAAAAGAAGCUUAAAACAUAAAAAUCAGAAUGUUUUUCAAAUAUUUAUGCACACAACUGUGGAUUGACGAAAGAAAAAUGUUCGUUGACAGAAGAUUCGUGCAGUAGUUGGCUUCUGAGAGAAAAAUAUUUUGGUCUGCUCCCAUAAAAUGUAGAGGGUUAAAUGGAUUGAUCUUUAUAACGUGUUUACACUAACUGAAGCAAAAAAGUGAGUACAAUUUUUUACAAUUUCACCUUGAGCAUACAAAAAAGAUAUGGGCUUUUCCAUGAGAGCAAGUUAUGCGCUUAUAAUCAAUGAACUCAUUUAUUGUGGUUUUAUUUGGCGAACUAGACGAAUAUUCUUCACUCCCAAGUUUCUUCGAACAAGGCAUGUUAGCGUGAAUAACGUGCUACUAUUUGUGCUUUUGUUGCCUAGUUAUCUUUAAGCAACAAAUUUUUGCUAAGGCUAGAUGUUGCUUAAGUGUGUAUUUUAGAGGCUCAACUGUUGUUUACUUGUUGACCAUCUAUUUAAAAACCUAAUUAACGUGUUUGCUUCUCAGUUCUGCUAAUGCGCCAAUCCAAAAAAAACUUCCUUUUUCAUCAGAUUUGUGGUCUUACAAAGCUUACAUGAUGUAGAACAAGGUUAUUCUCAGAAACUAUUAUUGUUUAUUUAUUUUAUUUAAUCCAGCCGCUGUUGAGUCUCGUGUCGCUUUAUAAAAUGUUGCUUAGAAAAAACUUAUUUACCUCUUUACAAAGCCAAUGAUUUAACCUCUUAGUGUACAACUCUUGCAGACAACAAUGAAGUAACGUGAUCCGGUCAAAUUCAAAGAAGUAUUGUGCAUUUAGUGGAAUUCUGAUUGUUGAAACAGGUGACAAUAAUUUUGUUAGUUGUGAACCCCUUAUAACAGUGAACUUAUGAAGUUACCAAGCCUACUGAUAAAAUGAUUUUAACUUUAAUUGGAGUUAGUGUAUUUUACAGACUCACCAUUUUUUACCUGUUGCUUGUAGACGAUCUACCUUGAAGACAAAAUUCACAUGUUGCUUGAUCAAGUCUUUCGUUUUAAUCAGGUUUGUCGUCAUAUAUAAAUGACAUGACUUUUAAAACAAGGAAAGUUCCGAAACCAAUUAUUUUACAGUCUCUGUUGUUUUUCCUUAUCCUUUUAUUAUAUUCACUUCAGGCUGUCUGUUACAUAGGAGGAUAGCUUUUACUCACAAGUUACUUUGUUUUUUAGAGGAUUUAAACCUCGUGUUGCUUGUUAGAUUUUGCUUACAAAGUAAAAAGCGUGCAAAUAUUUGGGAAGACCGCAUAGAAACGAGAAAAGGUUUUUAUUUUACCAAAGUUUAUUAAAUUAAUUACUAUGAUUCUAGCCGCCCAUUUCAGCAUUUAGUAUUCAAACAUGCGCAUUACAUUUUUUGGUCGAAACGGCUACUGUAUUUUUUUACUGCUUUGGAAACCGAGAGAAGUCAACUUUCAAAGUGUUUACCGCGGUCAUCUUUUUUAACAACCAAUCAAAACUUUAAAAAGGUUACCAUAUUGAAUGUUAUGAGGAUUGCCCAUAUUGACGGCCGAAUACUAAAAACUGCGGUCGAACGCUCUAUUCAAAGGCGGUCUUAAAGCUACAAUCAUUACAACCCUUUGAUGAUGAAUAAGUUCCGACAUUGUACAGUAUGAUUAAAAAAAUCCGUCACGCCGUCAUGGUAAUUAAAUAAAGUCGCUUUUAGCUAUACGUCAAACAGGCUGAAUAUAGUUAGUCAUCAAAACAAAAUGUGUGAAAUUUUACAAUUACAAGUUGAUCAAAAUAUCCUUUGAGAAGAUAUAAAUAAAAUAAAAACUUUAAGAAAUCAACUUCAAAUGUAAUGUUUUGUAAACAUGCGGAACUUAAAAAAUCACAGCGCAGGUACUCUUCAAAGCGUGCGCUAAUCUCUUUCAAUACGACAUUUGUACAUUGCUUCCUUAUUUAUUUUUAAUUUGUUUUUGCAAUGUCUGUCUGAAAAAGCUGCAAAAUUGCGACGUUUUAAAACUCCUCAGUUCCCCCUAUAUCAAUCCCCCCUAUUACUCCUCAAUUCUCCCUAUAACUCCUCAAUUCUCCCUAUAACUCCUCAAUUCUCCCUAUAACUCCUCAAUUCUCCCUAUAACUCCUCAAUUCUCCCUAUAACUCCUCAAUUCUCCCUAUAACUCCUCAAUUCUCCCUAUAACUCCUCAAAUCCCCCUAUAACUCCUCAAUUCUCCCUAUAACUCCUCAAUUCUCCCUAUAACUCCUCAAUUCUCCCUAUAACUCCUCAAUUCUCCCUAUAACUCCUCAAUUCUCCCUAUAACUCCUCAAUUCUCCCUAUAACUCCUCAAUUCUCCCUAUAACUCCUCAAUUCUCCCUAUAACUCCUCAAUUCUCCCUAUAACUCCUCAAUUCUCCCUAUUACUCCUCAAUUCUCCCUAUAACUCCUCAAUUCUCCCUAUAACUCCUCAAUUCUCCCUAUAACUCCUCAAUUCUCCCUAUAACUCCUCAAAUCCCCCUAUAACUCCUCAAAUCCCCCUAUUACUCCUCAAUUCUCCCUAUAACUCCUCAAUUCUCCCUAUAACUCCUCAAUUCUCCCUAUAACUCCUCAAUUCUCCCUAUAACUCCUCAAUUCUCCCUAUUACUCCUCAAUUCUCCCUAUUACUCCUCAAUUCUCCCUAUAACUCCUCAAAUCUCAGCCAAAAACAAUCCUCGAAUUUGUUUUACAAAACUAUAUGGUUUGUUGCAUGUUUCAGAUGUUUAUAAAAAUAUAAUAAGAAAAACACGCAUAAAAAGUCCUCAAAUGUGACUCUAUAAAGACUGGCUAGCAAGAGUCCGCCUAGCAUUUUAAACCCGAGUAAAAAUUGAAGUUAAAAAUAUGCCUAACUGUACGGUAUCGUAAUUUUUGAAGAAUGAUUGUGUUGAAAUAUAUUUCAUAUAACAAAAACAAGGGUAAUUUCCUUUGUAAACGGAGUUCGAAUAUCAUUAUUUGAUCCGGUCUUUUAAAGUAAAAGUUUAUUUAUCCAUAAUGGCCACGCGCCAGCUUGUGUAAACAAAGAUGAAACUCGUUUAUUACGUUACUGUAACGUUUUCUUGUUGUUGCUUAUAAUGGGUUGGAUCAUAACCAGUAACGAGUUCUUACCUUUGUUUUUUGUCCAAUAUAUUUUUUCACACAGUUGAAAAAACGCUUAAAUGGGAUAGCCAUUCUUAUUUUAUGUGGGGGAAUCCGUUGAGUGGGUAUUUUCAUUUUGAGAACAAUGGAGAGAUAAGCUAAGAAAAUCAAACGUAUUUUAAAGUUCUUAAUUUACCGUCAAUGACUGUGUGUGUUAUUUUACAGAACGCUUUGCUAUACAACCCGUGUAGUUUCAAGGGAAAAUCACCAAAGUGGAUACAUUUUCACUUAUAAAAAAUCACUGAACAAACCACGACGCGAUACACACUUAGUUUUCAGUCAAAUAUCGAAAAAAAACUUUAAGACAAAACCUAAAAUGAAUCCGAUAUUGUAGCAAUAAAUAACAACCUCGGCUCCAGGUCUCUUUUUUACCCAUAGCAUUAAGGAUAGAGUAGAAGCGAUGAAUUUCUUCACAUAAAGUGGUGGUCAUUAGAAAUAACUUCACACGUUCUCAUCUCAGUAAGAAUAACAAGUUGAAUUAUUCAUUUUAUCUGAUAUUGACACAGUAUUUUUUAUUCUCUAGGUUUGUUUAAUUUCCGUAUUUACGGAUGGCAUUAAAUCCCUAUAAAACGGUCUCUUUUAAACAUAAAAUCAAAACUGGAGCGUCCUUAGUGUAGGUAACAUCGACUAAAUUAUUUUACACAUUAUCCAGUAUGAAGUUCAACAUGGUUUAUAUUAGCUCGUUGUUUUUAUUUAUUGUGAAGUUACAUUUUAUUAGCAGUACAAAUAUGAGAAACUUUGCAUGGCGAUUACCGUACAUGGCAAGACAAAAAUUCGCUCUGAUGAAAGAUGUUGAUAUGCUUCUAAAUAUCUUUGAAAAAUAUCAACAGAAAGAGAAACCACAACUUAAUAAACGUGACGAUUCUACUAUCACAGACAAAUCUUGCAUUCCCCGCACUACACUAGCAAGUACAUACACACACGACAGAGGAGUGCAAAUUCCGCGCAUAGUGCACGUUAAGAGAUGCCAGGGUGGCACAGAAAACCCGGAAAAUUAUCAAUGCCAACCCACAAAAAUCGUGGUGCAGUGUUUUCGCACGACCAAUGCGAAAAACGGCGAUGAUUACCUUGGUAUAUAUUCACACGAAGCAUGUAAAGAGAAAUGUAUCUGUAAUAGAAAGUUAUGCAAGGAUCAGAUCAUAGAGGAUUUAAUGUGUCCUAGAGGAUAUACGGAGAAUAAAGAAUCUUGUCAGUGUGUAUCUUCGAAAGGAGAAUCAAUAUUUUUCAGAAAUAUGGGAAUAAUAACAGACUGGAACUCGGAUCUACAUAAGUUAUGUCGCAGUGAAGCAAGCAAAUUUUCUAUUGGAAUUGGUGAAAGUUUUACACUGUCACUGUGAAUGAAGCAUCUGUCAAAUCCCUAAAAACGUCAGCAUGGAAAUAUAUAUAUAUAUAUAUAUUUAGUAUAAUUGUAUUUACUUAUUUAUUGAGAAAAAUAAUAAUUUAGUUUUAAA